AUGUCCCCCGAGAUGUUUGAUGAGCUGCUAGCCAGAGUGGGGCCCAGGAUCACCAAGCAACAAACCUGGCACAGGGAGCCCCUGGAGCCUGGCAUGAAGUUUGCCCUGACUUUGCGUCACCUUGCCUCUGGGAGCAAGUAUGCCUCGAUGAAGUUCGGUUGGAGGGUCCCUCACAACACCCAGUCAUUCCUCGUCCGAGAAGUCUGUCAAGCCAUCAUCGAUGAAUACAUGGACGAGGUGAUGAUUUGCCCCACCACUCCUGAUGGAUGGCGUACCAUUGCUGACAAGUUCUAUGAAAAGUGGAACUUCCCCCAUACAUGUGGGGCACUUGAUGGAAAACACGUUGCCUGCCGGUGUCCUCCAGAGACUGGGUCCAUGUACUACAACUACAAAGGAUUCUACUCCGUUGUUCUGAUGACGCUUGUAGAUGCUGACUACAAAUUCAUCUGGGCAGAUGUCGGUGGUACAGGAUCAGCAUCAGACGCUCAGAUUUACAAUGACUCUGAGCUGAGGGAAUGCGCUGAAGAUGGUACCAUAGGUUUCCCUGACCCCGAUCCUCUUCCCAACGACUACCAGGAUGUGCCCUACUUCUUCAUCAGCGACGAUGCCAUCGCCCUACGACCGACCAUGAUGGAGCCGUACAGCCUCCGGGGUCUGACGAAUGAUGAACACAUCUUCAACUACAGGCAUCCUGGCAAACCGAUUCCAGGUUCUGCUGAGUACCAUGCAGCAUCACCCCUCCACCGUCAAGGUCAUCGCCAAAGCACACAUGGUCCUGCACAACCUGAUGAGGACCAGGUACCCAGGACUCCAGAACCAGCAGCUCGACCGUGCAGAGAAUAUGAACCGCGAUUUCAUUCCAGUUGCUUGGAGACAGGACUGUAA